AUGGUUUCAAAUUACAGCUUGCUUCUGCUUUUCUUGGUCUUUGCUGGUACAUUUCUUGAAACCAAAGGCAAGCUCACUCCAAAAUUCUACUCAUCUAAAUGCCCAAAAGCACUGUCCAUUGUGCAAGAAGAAGUUGUAGCAGCCAUAAAAAACGAAACACGCAUCGGAGCUUCCUUGCUCCGCCUUCAUUUCCAUGAUUGCUUUGUAAAUGGCUGCGAUGCGUCGGUGCUGUUGGACGAUACAUCAAGCUUUGUAGGUGAGAAAACCGCAGCUCCUAACAACAACUCCAUCAGAGGAUUUGAAGUUGUUGAUCACAUCAAAGCCAAGCUUGAGAAGGCAUGCCCCGGAGUGGUGUCAUGUGCUGAUCUUCUAGCUCUGGCUGCACGUGACUCUGUAGUUUAUUUAGGAGGCCCUUCAUGGAAAGUUCGCUUGGGAAGAAGAGAUUCUACAACUGCUAGCAGAAGUGCUGCCAACACCUCCAUCCCUCCACCCACUUCCAAUAUAAGCAGUCUCAUUUCAAACUUUGCAGCACAAAAUCUCUCGUUAAGAGACUUGGUCGCUCUUUCAGGUUCACACACCAUUGGCCUGGCAAGAUGCACAUCAUUCCGGUCACGCAUCUACAAUGAGUCCACCAUCGACGCCGCCUUUGCCAAGUCAUUGCAGGGCAGUUUUAGAUGCUAA